AUGAACCUAACACACACCCUCCACCCUCUACCCUCCACGCCACGCCACGACACCGCCAACCUCCGUGCCGCCCACCUGCCCGAAGCACCCGACGCCAUCGUGCUGCCCAUGGUGCGCCUCGCCCUCUCCUGCACCGCUUCCGACCCCCUCUCCCGCCCCACUGUCACCGACCUGCUCCGCUCCAUCAAGGCUCUCAAGCGCUCCCUCUCCGCCCAACCGCGCCCUGCCCUGCCGGCCAACGUGGGGACGGGCGGGGAUGGUGACACCCCCGGUGCUGCAGGCGGUGGGGGCGCUGAGGAGCAGCAGCAGGGCUGGGAGGAUGGGGGGUUCAGUCAGAAUGCGUUAGAUGCGAAGCUAGAUUGGCUGAUGGAUGACGAAGAUAGUGGUGUGUUUGUGACAGAUGUGUAG